GUGGAUAACGUUUCUUUCCUUCGAAAUUCAACUUGGGAUAUCACGAAACACAGUGAACUAAAAAACCGUAUGCAGUGAGAUUUCUCACCUCUCCAAUGGCUUCCUCCCUUCCUCUUCACCAUCCCACCCACUGCUUCACCUCCAACCCCAAGUUGAAGAAUUUUCACCAUGGGUGUUCACCACGACCCAGUUAUUCUUUUGCUACCGACACCCAAAAUCACGCGAAACCCAUUAGAGCAACCACUGAGAGUCCUCCAUAUCCGAUAUACCAACCUCCCCAAGUUGAAGAAUCAGUCUCUGAGUUGGAGCCAGCAGACCCUGAUUUCUAUAAGAUAGGGUAUGUACGGAGCAUGAGAGCUUAUGGAAUUGACUUCAAAGAAGGACCAGAUGGAUUUGGAGUGUAUGCAGCAAAAGAUGUUGAACCACUUCGCCGAGCCAGGGUAAUUAUGGAAAUUCCACUAGAAUUGAUGUUAACCAUAAGCCAAAAGCUACCAUGGAUGUUUUUCCCAGAUAUAAUACCAAUAGGUCAUCCUAUAUUUGAUAUUAUCAACUCAACCAAUCCAGAGACAGAUUGGGACCUAAGGUUAGCAUGUCUUCUUUUAUAUGCAUUUGAUCGGGAGGAUAACUUUUGGCAGUUGUAUGGUGACUUUUUACCUAGUGUAGAGGAGUGCACUAGCUUGCUUUUAGCUACAGAGGAGGAUCUUUUGGAGCUUCAGGAUGCUAAGCUUGCUUCAGCUAUGAGAGAACAGCAACACCGAGCCUUGGAGUUUUGGGAAAAGAACUGGCACUCAAGUGUACCACUUAAAAUAAAGCGCCUUGCCCGUGAUCCUGAGAGAUUCAUUUGGGCAGUGGGUAUAGCACAAUCACGAUGCAUUAGCAUGCAAUUGAGGAUUGGUGCACUCGUUCAAGAUUCAAAUAUGUUAAUCCCUUAUGCUGACAUGCUAAACCAUUCCUUUCAGCCAAAUUGCUUUUUCCACUGGCGUUUUAAAGAUCGUAUGCUUGAAGUGAUGAUAAAUGCUGGACAAAGGAUUAGAAAAGGAGAUCCGAUGACCGUCGAUUACCUGAGUGGACAGAAGAAUGACAUGUUCAUGCAACGAUAUGGGUUUUCAUCAUCUGUGAAUCCUUGGGAUGUGAUCCAGUUCAGAGGCAAUGCACGUAUUCAUUUAGAUUCCUUCUUGUCAGUCUUCAAUAUAUCUGGCCUUCCUGAAGAGUAUUAUCAUAACACAGGUCGGCUAUCUAAUGACGGAGAUACUUUUGUUGAUGGAGCGGUCAUAGCUGCUGCAAGAACAAUUCCCACUUGGUCAGAUGGGGAUGUGCCUCCAAUCCCAAGCAUGGAAAGGAAAGCUGUGAAGGAGCUACAGGAAGAAUGCCAACAAAUGCUUGCAGAAUUCCCUACUACCUCUGAGCAAGACCAGAAAAUCCUAGAUUCUAUGCCGGAAGCUAGGAGGACGCUUGAAGCCGCAAUCAAGUAUAGGCUGCACCGGAAGUUGUUCAUAGAGAAGGUCAUUCAGGCAUUGGAGAUCUAUCAAGAGCGGAUUUUGUUCUAAUUCUGAAGUUUUCAAACUAAAAUGAUGUAGGAAAAUUUUGUUUAGCUAAAUUGCCUAGAGCGUCAUUCAUUUGAAGGAAUAAUGUUUAGAAGAAAUCUGGGUUUGUGAAAAGUUGUCUUUGCACA